CCUUACUCCCAACCCUUUCCACCAUCCAAAAGUCAAAUAUGGCGACUCCUCUCCCCCUCCAAGACCGAAUCGCAAUCGUCACCGGCGCUUCCCGGGGCAUUGGUCGGGCCACCGCGCUCCACCUUGCCUCGCUCGGCGCAAAACUUGUCAUCAACUAUACAUCCAACAAGGCCCAAGCGGAACUCGUAGCAGCCGAAAUCAACUCCUCCUCUUCUCAUUCCUCGCCACGAGCCAUCAUUUGCCAGGCCGACGUCUCGGAUCCGACCCAGGUGAAGUCCCUCUUCGAAACGGCAGAACAGAUCUUCAACUCGCCACCCCACAUCCUGGUCAACUCAGCUGGAGUCCUGGACGCCAAGUAUCCCACCAUAGCCAACACUUCCUUAGAGGACUUUGAUAAGAUUUUCAGCAUCAACAGCCGAGGAGCUUUCCUGUGCUGUAGGGAGGCUGCCAACCGGAUAAAGCGCGGGGGCGCCGGUCGUAUUAUACUGAUGUCCACAUCUUUGGUUGGGUCACUGAAGCCGGGUUUUGGGGCCUACGCUGCAUCAAAGGCUGCUGUGGAAACAAUGGCAAAGAUAAUGGCGAAGGAGCUCAAGGGGACAGGGAUAACAGUAAACUGCGUGGCACCGGGUCCUAUAGCCACAGACAUGUUCUUUUCAGGGAAAAGCGAAGAGGAUGUGAAGAAGGCGAUUGAGGACAGCCCACUGAGUCGACUGGGAGAGACCAAGGACGUGGCUAGUGUUGUUGGCUUCUUAGCAAGUGAUGGUGGUGAAUGGGUUAAUGGGCAGGUCGUUCGGGUUAACGGCGGAUAUGUGUGACCCAUUCCUUGUAUUUCUCUGUAGUAGCAUGCCGCCAGUUGGAUGGCAAUGAUGAUUGAAAAAUAAAGAGUCUGCGUUCUCAUAGAAUUGUAAGACAAUAUACAAAAUAUUAUCAUUUUGUGAAGGAAGAAAUCAGAAAGUUGCAGUUGUGUUUCAAA